UCGUCAGAAAUGAGCGAGGAAAGAAGUAGAUAUGCUGAGCUGACAUUAUCCCUUAGGAGGAAGGAGGAAAAAACCCAGCUAGUUAAGAUAAACAAAGACUCCCCAUGGCGUAUGACUGCUGUGGUCCUGGGAACAGUAUGUCUUUGUCUUCUGAUGUCAAAUGCAGUCUUGGGAUAUUUGUUUUUGCAGAGCACUUCUAACUUCAAAUUUCAAUAUGGGAAAGAUGCAAAUGCAAAUACAGUCUCCUCAAUGGAAGUAACGGGUCCUUCAACUUUACACCCGUUCGUUAUGGGAAAAGGCUACCAUCCAUGUCAUGGAAAAUGGUCCUGUUGUGGAGAAAAUUGUUACUACUUUUCAGAAGAAGAAAAGACAUGGGAGGACAGUGAAGCAUCCUGCAGACGCCUGGGUUCUCACCUGGCUAAGAUUGACAACAGAGAAGAGCAGAACUUUAUUCAGUCACGAUUGAAUUACAGCUAUUGGGUUGGAUUACAUAAAAAUGGAAAUCAAUUCCAGUGGGUGAAUCAGAAGGACAGAGCACUUUCUUCAGACUUGUAA